AUGGCAUCACCUCAUGAAUAUCAUCACACCAUUAUUAUCUUUAACACAAAACCAUUAAGCCUUAUUUUCCUCCUUUUCUUCUUCAUUAUUGUCUUUGCUUCUUCUUCUUCUUCUUCCUCGUCGGAUUCUGAAUCUCUCCUAAAAUUCAAGGACUCUUUGCAGAACAAUUCCGCCCUAUUCCCUACUUGGAAAGCCUCAACCUCACCAUGUACCGCCAACGAACAAUCCAAUUGGGAAGGUGUUCUUUGCAGCCAAGGCAUGAUUUGGGGUCUAAAGCUUGAGAACAUGGGGCUUAAAGGCACAAUUGAUUUGGACUCUCUCAAAAACUUGCCUAACCUUAGAACCAUAAGCCUUAUGAACAACAAUUUCGACGGGCCAUUACCCGAUAUAGGGCAACUCGGAUCACUCAAAACAGUCUAUCUGUCAAACAACAAAUUCAGCGGGGUCAUUGAUAGUGACAUCUUCUUAAGAACCUUGUCAUUGAAGAAGGUGCACUUGGCUUACAACCAAUUCACAGGCGGGAUCCCUUCGUCGCUCGCUUUCUUGCCUAAGCUUAAGGAGUUGAGGCUCGAGGGCAACCAAUUUGAAGGGCUCAUACCGAAUUUCCCUCAGAAGACAUGGCUUUCUUUCAAUGUGUCCAACAAUGCAUUGGGAGGUCACAUCCCGUUAGGCCUUAGUACUUUGGAUGCCAGCUCCUUUUAUGAAAACCAAGAUCUCUGUGGACCUCCACUAAAACCAUGUUCCCUACACAAGUUCUCGGUAUUCAGUCUUGUCAUCGUCGUGAUAGUUGUUCUAAUGGCACUUUCCGCCAUAUGCGCGGUGAUAUUCAUCCUCAGCCACCGAAGGCAAACAUCCACAACUGAAGAGGAUCCGACGCAGCCCAAGACGGAGCAAGGUGAAGACGAAAGCUUGUCACCCAGACGCUCUCUAGCCGUGAGUAGUAGUGCAACCGCGAAAAGAGGGGAGAGCACGAAGCUGGUGUCCGUUAGGGACGACAGAGAGAAGUUUGACAUGCAGGACUUGCUUAGGGCAUCUGCCGAGAUCUUAGGGAGCGGAAACUUUGGCUCCUCUUACAAGGCGGCGUUAUUGAGCGGCACGGUGAUGGUGGUGAAGAUAUUUAAGCAAAUGAACAAUGUGGGAAGGGAAGAGUUCCAACAACACAUGAGAAGGAUAGGGAGGUUGAGACACCGUAACGUGCUUCCUCUUGUGGCCUAUUAUUAUAGGAAGGAAGAGAAGCUCUUGGUUUCUGACUAUGUUCAAAAGGGUAGCUUGGCAGUUCAUUUGUAUGGUACGUUUGUUUUACAACAUAGCAGCCUUGAUUGGAGAACAAGGUUGAAGAUCAUCAAAGGUGUAGCAAAUGGUCUAAAGUAUCUUCACACCGAGCUUCCAACCGUAAUCGCAGCACAUGGCCACCUCAAACCGUCAAAUGUUCUUCUCAAUGAAUCCUAUGAGCCUCUCCUAAGCGACUACGCUCUAAUCCCAAUAACGAACCAAGAGCAUGCGCAACAGCUUAUGGUGGCCUACAAGUCCCCAGAGUACCUCCAACACGGUCGGAUCACCAAGAAGACCGACAUUUGGAGCCUCGGGAUACUGAUACUAGAGAUACUGACUGGUAAACCCCCGGAUUACGGGGAUUUGGUGAAGUGGGUGAGUUCCAAGGCAGACAGGGAGGAGGAGGAGCUGAACGAGGUGUUCGAUGGGGAAUUACUGAAGGCGGGGCCAACGAGUAACGCGGGCGAGGAAAGGGAGGUGUUGGUGAAGCUGCUGAGGAUAGGGAUGGAGUGUUGCGAUGUGGAUGUGGAGAAGAGAUUGGAUGUGAAAGAGGCUGCUGAUAAGAUUGAAGAACUGAAAGAGAUCAUAUCAACGGCAGAUCAUCAUAAAACAAGUGGUAUUUCUACUGCUUAUAAUAGGGUGGAUGAUAUUGAUGAUUUUUACUCCACUUGUGCUAGUGAAAUGGACAUGAGGUCCUCAAGAGCUCUUUCUGAUGAAUUCCUCAAUUUCAACGUCAAAUUAGGCUGA